UAACAAUGGUACCAAUUCUGGUAAUACUAAUAAUACUAAUAAUGCCGACAAUCAAUGGUCAUGUUUUGGCAUUGCCAAUAACAAUAGCUCUGUAUGUUCUAGACAUGGUACAUGCAAAUCACUCAAUGUUUGUGAAUGUAAAUCUGGUUAUACAGGAAGUGAUUGUGAACUUCGUACUUGUUUUGGUGUUGCCAAUAACAAUCCAAACUCUUGCUCAGCACGUGGUAAUUGUACCAAUGUCGAUACUUGUGAAUGUCGUGCAGGAUAUAGUGGAUCCAAUUGUGAGCAAUACACUUGCAAUGGAAUUCUCUUCUCAAAUUCAACUGUUGUUUGCUCUGGAAAUGGUAAUUGUACAGCACCUAACAUUUGUUCAUGUGCUUCCCAUGCUGAAGGAUCUUGGUGUGAUAUUACAUAUUGUAAUGGAAUUUCAUCAAGCAACAAUACUGUUUGUAAUGGACAUGGUAAUUGUGUCUCUGGUGCCUGUAGCUGUGCUGUCGGAUAUUUUGGAAAAGGAUGUGAACAAUAUGUUGUAUCCGGAUCAACAUUUGUAUCUGGUUUGGGAGUUUAUCAUGCCUUGUUUGUGUUCAUUACAAGCUUGUUGGUGAUCUUUAUAAUUAAUUAG